AUGAAGCAAUAUUUGCUUGAACGAACAACAGCGUGGUUGACGACUUGGAGUCUCAUUCUGCUCGUGGCCGUUGCUCAAAAAGAUGUUCACCCUGACGUAGUUGCCGUUGUUGAUGUUGCCGGAGGUGUACAACCGACACCACUUUGGGCAAGCAGUUAUUCGGACGGCGAGAAUUGCUACUGCCUUCCUUCGUUGGAUAGCGCCUUUGGGAACUUUGUCGUAGAAACGCCAUUGGGGUGGCUGACGAUGCAGGAACUUUGUGACCUGCUAGGAACUGGACCAGGAAGACUAGGACAAUACCUUUACAAUGAUAUCCAAUGCGGUAACGGCCCCCCAAACGCUGACGAAAACGAAUUUCUUUGUCCGGGACGAACAGAUAUUGGGGAAACAGGCUGUGGUCAAAUAGGACCCAAAUGGAAUGUUGACAAUGCCUACCUUGCGGACGCCGGCCCCCCACGACUUCCAUUGUUGCCUGAGGACGUUCAACCGGAAACCGUUGCGGUGAUUGACGUUGUGGGUGGUGUGACGCUGAAUGGAAGAUUAAACACCUUUGGGAUGGAUGACGAUUCGGCAAGCUUACGCGGUACUUGGACCUGGGUCCCGGUAUGGAAGGAGGACCGGUGUACAAUGACAUACAGUGCGGGAGUGGACCACCUAAUAAUGCAGGAGAUGAGGAUGCCUGUCCUGGAAGAGCUGAUACCGUUGUUUCCUUGGACUUGUUGUGAUGAAAUGCCUCACCAUGAUGCUUCUCCCUUGUACAAUACACAGCUUGGACCAGAAGGUUAUGGUCAGAUUGGUCCCCGUUGGAAUUUUGAUGUCACCAAAUCUUUACCGCCAGGUAGCGCUCCCAUGGCUCUUCCCUCUUCUUUAGCAGCCGUAGCAGUGUUGGUCCCAAUGCUACCGGGCGUAGGAGUGAUCACCGGACUUUUGUUCUGUGUUUUGAACUGGCAUAUUUUUGAUCUCGUCCGGUGUCACCAGGGCGUCUGGUGA